AUGGCAGUGAACAGCAACAACAACAUCAUCAUCCUUUCCAAUGAGCAGUUAUUAAUGGAGGAAGACUUCAUAGACAUGGACAUUAGCUCCUCCUCCACCACCACUACCAGCUUCCUCUCCUUUAACAACACCUCAUCAUCAGAAGCAGCAGCAGCAUCACCACCACACCAGAGAGAGUUUGAGUUUCAAAUGUCCAUUAACACACCACAAAGAGAAGCUCUAACUUCUCCUGCAGAUGAGCUUUUUUACAAAGGAAACCUCCUCCCACUUCAUCUUCCACCUCGCUUGCAAAUGGUACAGAAACUCCUCGGAAACUCUGAAACAGAGUUCAGUAAUCAAACAGCAACAAGCACUCCAUUUGAGUCCUGCAACAUCUCUCCGGCAACUUCUUGUUACGUCAGUGGUGAGCUGAAUCCUGAUGACUACUUCUUUGAAUGCUCAAAUGGAUUUGUUCAACCUCACCAGAAGAAAUCAUGGGCAAGGAAGCUCAAGUUAACUUCAAAGCUCAAGGCUCUAGAGCUUACAUCAAGUCUCUCUUCACCAAACCAAAAUGUCCUUCACAGGAGCCAUGCAUGA